AUGGAGCUCUCCAACUCCAACUUUCUCUUCCUGGCCGUCACCAUCUUAUUCCUUUUCUUCACCGCAAGCCAAGGUGCCAAUUCCAAGCUCUUCAGGGAGUACAUUGGUGCAGAAUCUGAGUCCAUCAAGCUCUCCCAUGUGCCAAUAAAUUCUGGUGUGGAUUUCCAUUUCAUUCUUUCAUUUGCAAUUGACUACACAAGCCUAGAAAAUCCUUCACCCACAAAUGGGAAAUUCAAAGCCUUUUGGGCAUCUAGCCAUGUCACCCCUGAAGAAAUUGCCUUAAUAAAGGAUAAUAACCCUAAUGUCAAGGUUGCUGUGAGCUUGGGUGGAGACAGUAUUGGUGGUGAGAAAGCAUAUUUUGCUCCAAAGUCUAUAGAAUCUUGGGUAAAAAAUGCCGUAUCUUCACUAACUCAUAUGAUAAAACAUUACAACAUAGAUGGAAUUGAUAUUGACUAUGAACACUUCAGAUCAGAUCCUGAUACAUUCUCUGAAUGCAUCGGACGGCUGAUAACUAGUCUAAAAGAAAGUGGGACCAUAUCAUUUUCUUCAAUUGCGCCCUAUGAUGAUGAUGGGGAGGUCCAAAGCCAUUACUUGGUACUAUGGAAACACCAUGGGAAUGCAAUUGACUAUGUGAACUUCCAAUUUUAUGCCUAUGACAAGAUUAGUCCAUCUCAAUUUGUAAAGCUUUUUAAUAAACAAGCUGCUCAUUAUGGUGGAGGUCAGAUCUUGGCUAGCUUCAUUUCUGAUGGUAGUAAUGGAGGUUUGGGCCCUCAUAAUGGGUUUUUGGAAGCCUGCAAGGAAUUAAAGGAGCAAGACAAAUUGGGGGGAAUCUUCAUAUGGAGUGCUGAUGAUUCCAGCAAGCAUGGGUUUAAAGGUGAAAAGGAAUCUCAGGCCUUCUUAGCUGCUUGAUUGGGAUGUCUGGCCCUAUGUGACAA